CAAAUUUCUUUUAAAAGAAGAAAAAUCCAUUACAGUAAUUUUAUUUGGUCUAAUAGAACUAAAAUAAAUAAAGAUAAAUAAAAAAACAGAAACUAUAUAAAUAGCGGCUGUUAUAAAAACUACAAAUAAAUAUAACUCCCGUAUUUGAUUCUUUCUUCAAGAUAUCAAUCAAGAUCAAGAGUAAGACAGAGACACAAAGGCGAGAGCUAUGUCGUCGUCGGUGGAUUUCGUGACGGAACAGGGGAGAUGCGGCGACGAUGGUAACGGCGCCGGAGAGACAGUAAAGAAUGGCGAAAUUGAUCAUUUGCUUUCCGAACCGUCGGCUCCGACUAUUUCUCUCCCUACGGAAUCUUUCCUCAGAGCAGCGACGUUACUCAAGAACCAGGUUGUGGAGGCCACGUGGAAAGGUGGUGUCGAAGCUCUUGCCUCUGGUUCGGGUCCAGUGCUGGAUCCGACUGUGUACACAGGACUACUCGGCACAGCGUUCACCUGCUUGAAGUCGUACGAGGUAACGCGGAACCAUCAAGAUCUGCUAACUUGCGCAGAGAUAAUCGACACGUGUGCCAACGUUGCGCGUGCCACAACCAGGCACGUGACAUUUUUAUGUGGAAGAGGAGGAGUUUGUACGCUUGGUGCAAUUGUAGCCAAUUACAGAGGGGACCAAUCAAAGCGUGACUUCUUCCUCGGUCUUUUUCUUGAGCUUGCAGAAGAGAGAGAGUUACCAGCAGGACCAGAGGAAGGAGGAUUUGGGAUGUCAUAUGACCUUCUCUAUGGAAGAGCGGGUUUCCUUUGGGCUGCUCUGUUCCUAAACCGAUAUCUCGGCCAAGGAACUGUUCCUGACCAUCUCUUAUCACCCAUUGUUGCAGCCAUCUUAGCCGGUGGGCGAGUUGGAGCUGCAGAUCAUGAAGCUUGUCCUCUGUUAUACAGGUUUCACGGAACGCGAUUUUGGGGUGCUGCGAAUGGAUUAGCUGGAAUCUUGUAUGUAUUGCUGCAUUUUCCACUAUCGGAAGAGGAUGUUAAAGAUGUUCAAGGGACAUUGAGGUAUAUGAUGAGUAAUAGGUUUCCGAACAGCGGAAACUACCCGUGCAGCGAAGGGAAUCCGAGGGAUAAGCUAGUCCAAUGGGCUCAUGGAGCAACCGGCAUGGCCAUUACUUUGGCUAAAGCAUCUCAGGUGUUUCCCAAGGAAAGGGAUUUCCGCGAAGCAGCCAUUGAAGCAGGAGAAGUAGUGUGGAAGAGUGGCUUGGUGAAGAAGGUAGGUUUAGCUGAUGGAGUUGCUGGUAAUGCCUACGCUUUCUUAUCCCUUUAUCGCUUAACCGGAGAUGUUGUAUAUGAAGAGAGAGCAAAAGCGUUUGCGAGUUACUUGUGCCGUGAUGCGAUAGAGCUCGUGAAUAUGACAAGCCAAGAAACAGAACAUGAUUAUUCGCUAUUCCGGGGACUAGCUGGACCAGUAUGCCUCUGGUUCGAUCUUGUGUCGCCGGUAGAUUCUAAGUUUCCUGGUUAUGAGAUAUAAUUUAAAACCAGGUAACCGUAGGUUCUUUUAUGACUAUCUCUUUGUGAAAGGAUCUUAGGUUCUCCGGUUUAUUCCACUUUCUAUAAUCUAUUGAAGUAACUUGAGAUUUGGGAGAAACAUUCAUAGAAAACAAGAAUAAAAGUAACAUGAAAAGAUCAGCUUAAUGGUUUAAACGGUAUUGGUAGUAUCACUCAGACAACGGAGAAUGCAACCGAGACCAGCUCUCUCUGUUAGUUUCUCGUGAAUCAUCAAACACUGUUCGCAUGUGGGUUCGUCACCAGUCGAAAGACCUCUGUACAAGUACCUGAUCCACACCAUUUAAGCAAACAAAACACUGCUUCCACAUCACGCUAAUUAAAAGCUAGCAGAGCAAAAGGCAAGAGACUUACUUCAUGAGAAUGUCGUAAUACUCGGCAGUAAGAGAAUUUAACAUUCCUUCGAUAUCCUUUAUCGCCAUGAUAGCUCUGUGCACAACUAUCCAAUUAGCUGACUGCAAUUUCACAGAUAUUUAUCAUAAAUUACACAAUCUUUUUGAU